UCCGCCCCCAGCCCCGGCCCGGCCCCCAGGACCAUGUCUCUGCUCUGCGUUGGAGAAAAAUUCAAUACCUACGUGACCCUGAAGGUGCAGAAUGUUAAGAGCACCACCAUCGCGGUGCGGGGGAACCUGCCAUGCUGGGAGCAGGAUUUCAUGUUUGAAAUUAAUCGCCUGGACCUUGGCCUGACAGUGGAAGUUUGGAAUAAAGGGCUCAUCUGGGACACCAUGGUAGGCACAGUAUGGAUCCCCCUCCGUACCAUUCGCCAGUCUAAUGAGGAGGGCCCCGGUGAAUGGCUCACCCUGGACUCUCAAGUUAUCAUGACAGACAAUGAGAUCUGUGGUACAAAGGACCCCACCUUCCAUCGAAUUCUCCUAGACACCCGCUUUGAACUGCCUUUGGACAUCCCUGAGGAAGAGGCUCGGUAUUGGGCAAAGAAGCUGGAGCAGUUGAAUGCUAUGAGGGACCAAGAUGAUUAUUCAUUCCAAGAAGAACAGGACAAGCCUCUUCCGGUCCCCAGCUCCCAGUGUUGCAACUGGAGUUAUUUUGGCUGGGGGGAGCAGCAGAAUGAAGACCCAGACAGUGCCGUGGAUGACCGGGACAGCGAUUACCGCAGCGAGACCAGUAACAGUAUCCCACCGCCCUACUACACCACAUCCCAGCCAAAUGCCUCUGUCCACCAGUAUUCGGUCCGACCUCCUCCACUGGGCUCCCGAGAUUCCCGGGAUUCUUACAGUGAUUCGAUGAGGAGCUAUGAAGACUAUUCAGAAGCACCUCCGGUCAGCCCAACCGGUAGCAGCCGCUAUGCCUCCUCAGGGGAACUGAGCCAGGGCAGCUCCCAGCUGAGUGAGGACUUUGAUCCAGAUGACCAGAGCUUGCAGGGCUCCGAAAUAGAGGAAGAGAGGGACCGAGACUCUUACCACUCCUGCCACAGCUCGGUGAGCUACCAUAAAGACUCCCCUCAUUGGGAUCAGAAUGAAGAGGAGGAGGGAGAGGAAGAGGAAGACCUGGAGGAUGAAGAGCUGAGGCAGGGAGACUACAGUGAGAAUGAGGAAGAAUACUGCGAGGAGGAUAGCUACCUACCAGCUGCACCCGCCUCCUCGGAAAGGGAGGGAAAGGCCUCUCCGGUGUCCGCCGGAGGCCCUGAGGUGACCAAGAUGCCUCCAGAGCCAGCAGGAGCUGAGGAGGUGCCAGGGGGCGAGCGGGCACCUGAGCCAGAACCUCCAAAGCUGGAAGAGAGUUACAGGGCUCGGGAAGAUGAAGAGGGGCAGGACUCCAUGUCCAGAGCCAAGGCCAACUGGCUGCGAGUAUUCAACAAGGUCCGAAUGCAGCUCCAGGAGGCCCGAGGAGAAGGAGAGAUGUCUAACUCACUCUGGUUCAAAGGCGGACCUGGCGGUGGUCUCAUCAUCAUAGACAGCAUGCCUGACAUUCGAAAAAGAAAGCCGAUUCCCCUUGUGAGCGACCUGUCCCUGGUCCAGUCCCGGAAGGCUGGGAUCACCUCUGCACUGGCCUCCAGCACCUUAAACAAUGAAGAGCUAAAAAACCAUGUUUACAAGAAGACGCUUCAAGCCUUAAUCUACCCCAUCUCCUGCACAACCCCCCACAACUUCGAGGUGUGGACGGCCACCACACCCACCUACUGCUAUGAGUGUGAGGGGCUUCUGUGGGGCAUUGCUCGGCAGGGCAUGAGAUGCACCGAGUGUGGGGUCAAGUGUCAUGAAAAGUGCCAGGACUUACUCAAUGCUGACUGCCUGCAGCGAGCUGCAGAGAAGAGCUCCAAGCAUGGGGCCGAGGACCGCACACAGAACAUCAUCAUGGUGCUUAAAGACCGCAUGAAGAUCCGGGAGCGGAACAAGCCUGAGAUCUUUGAGCUGAUCCAGGAGAUCUUUGCAGUCUCCAAGACAACACAUACACAGCAGAUGAAGGCUGUGAAACAGAGCGUCCUGGAUGGGACGUCCAAGUGGUCGGCUAAGAUCAGUAUCACUGUGGUCUGUGCCCAGGGCCUUCAGGCAAAGGAUAAAACCGGCUCCAGUGACCCCUAUGUUACUGUCCAGGUCGGCAAGACGAAGAAACGAACUAAAACCAUCUAUGGCAAUCUCAACCCUGUGUGGGAAGAGAACUUCCAUUUUGAGUGCCAUAACUCUUCAGACCGCAUCAAGGUGCGUGUCUGGGAUGAAGAUGAUGACAUCAAGUCUCGAGUGAAACAAAGGUUCAAGCGAGAGUCAGAUGACUUCCUGGGCCAGACCAUCAUUGAAGUCCGAACUCUGAGUGGCGAGAUGGAUGUCUGGUACAACCUAGACAAGCGGACAGACAAGUCAGCUGUGUCUGGAGCCAUCAGAUUACACAUCAGUGUGGAGAUCAAGGGUGAGGAGAAGGUGGCACCAUACCAUGUCCAGUACACGUGUCUGCAUGAGAACCUGUUCCACUUUGUAACAGAUGUGCAGAACAGUGGUGCUGUCCGGAUCCCAGAUGCAAAGGGUGAUGAUGCCUGGAAGGUCUAUUAUGAUGAGACUGCCCAGGAAAUUGUGGACGAAUUUGCCAUGCGCUAUGGCGUCGAAUCCAUCUACCAAGCCAUGACACAUUUUGCCUGCCUCUCCUCUAAGUACAUGUGCCCUGGAGUACCUGCUGUCAUGAGCACCCUGUUAGCCAACAUUAAUGCCUACUAUGCCCACACCACAGCCUCAACCAAUGUCUCUGCUUCUGACCGAUUUGCUGCCUCCAACUUUGGGAAAGAGCGCUUUGUGAAACUCCUGGACCAGCUGCACAACUCCCUAAGAAUUGACCUGUCCAUGUACCGGAACAACUUUCCAGCAAGCAGCCCAGAGAGGCUUCAGGAUCUCAAGUCUACUGUCGACCUUCUCACCAGCAUCACCUUCUUCCGGAUGAAGGUCCAGGAGCUACAGAGCCCACCUCGUGCCAGCCAAGUGGUAAAAGACUGUGUGAAGGCCUGCCUCAACUCCACUUAUGAGUACAUCUUUAACAACUGCCAUGAACUCUAUAGUCGAGAAUACCAGACUGACCCGGCUAAGAAGGGUGAGGUGCCCCCGGAGGAGCAGGGACCCAGCAUCAAGAACCUAGACUUUUGGUCCAAGCUCAUCACACUCAUUGUGUCCAUCAUUGAGGAAGACAAAAACUCCUAUACACCCUGCCUCAACCAGUUUCCCCAAGAACUGAACGUGGGCAAGAUCAGUGCGGAGGUGAUGUGGAACCUGUUUGCUCAGGACAUGAAGUAUGCCAUGGAGGAGCAUGACAAACACCGAUUGUGCAAAAGUGCCGACUACAUGAACUUGCACUUCAAAGUCAAAUGGUUGUACAAUGAGUACGUGACCGAGCUGCCCUCCUUCAAGGACCGUGUGCCUGAGUACCCUGCGUGGUUUGAGCCCUUUGUUAUCCAGUGGCUGGAUGAGAACGAGGAGGUGUCCCGGGACUUCCUCCAUGGAGCGUUGGAGCGUGACAAGAAGGAUGGGUUCCAGCAGACCUCUGAGCAUGCCCUAUUCUCCUGCUCCGUGGUAGAUGUCUUCUCCCAGCUCAACCAGAGCUUUGAGAUCAUCAAGAAACUUGAGUGUCCUGACCCCCAGAUUGUAGGCCACUACAUGCGCCGAUUUGCCAAGACAAUCAGCAACGUCCUGUUGCAGUAUGCUGAGAUCAUCUCCAAAGACUUCACCACCUACUGCUCUAAGGAGAAGGAAAAAGUGCCAUGCAUCCUCAUGAACAACACACAGCAACUUCGGGUGCAACUGGAGAAGAUGUUUGAGGCCAUGGGUGGGAAGGAGCUGGAUGCUGAAGCCAGUGACAUCCUGAAGGAGCUUCAGGUGAAACUCAAUAAUGUGCUGGAUGAGCUCAGUCGACUGUUUGCCACCAGCUUCCAGCCACACAUAGAAGAGUGUGUCAAGCUGAUGGGAGACAUCCUGAGUCAAGUGAAGGGCACGGGAAACGUGCCAGCCAGUGCCUGCAGCAGCGUUGCCCAGGAUGCUGAUAAUGUCCUGCAGCCCAUCAUGGACCUGUUGGACAGCAACCUGACCCUCUUUGCCAAAAUCUGUGAGAAGACGGUGCUGAAGCGAGUAUUGAAAGAGCUCUGGAAACUGGUGAUGAACACAAUGGAGAAGACCAUAGUCCUGCCGCCCCUCACAGACCAGACGGGAACGCUCUUGAGAAAGCAUGGCAAGGGAUUAGAGAAGGGCAGGGUGAAACUCCCCAGCCACUCAGACGGGACUCAAAUGAUCUUCAACGCUGCCAAGGAGCUGGGCCAACUCUCAAAGCUCAAGGACCACAUGGUACGGGAAGAAGCCAAGAGCUUAACCCCCAAGCAGUGUGCUGUGGUAGAGCUGGCUCUGGAUACUAUCAAGCAAUACUUCCAUGCGGGGGGCGUGGGACUCAAGAAGACCUUCUUGGAAAAGAGCCCAGACCUGCAGUCCCUCCGCUAUGCCCUGUCUCUCUACACGCAGGCCACAGACCUGCUCAUCAAAACUUUUGUCCAGACUCAGUCAGCUCAGGGAUCAGGAGUGGAUGACCCUGUCGGUGAGGUUUCUGUCCAUGUGGAGCUCUUCACCCACCCAGGUACUGGGGAACACAAGGUCACAGUGAAAGUUGUGGCUGCCAAUGAUCUCAAGUGGCAGACAUCAGGCAUCUUUCGGCCCUUCAUCGAGGUCAAUAUCAUUGGGCCCCAGCUUAGUGACAAGAAAAGGAAAUUUGCCACCAAGUCCAAGAACAACAGCUGGGCUCCCAAGUACAACGAGACCUUCCAAUUCACGUUGAGCGCGGACGCCGGCCCCGAGUGCUACGAGCUGCAGGUCUGUGUCAAGGAUUACUGCUUCGCCCGCGAGGACCGCACGGUGGGCCUGGCUGUGCUCCAGCUCAAGGAGCUGCUGCAGCGCGGGAGCUGCGCCUGCUGGCUGCCCCUGGGCCGCCGCAUCCACAUGGACGACACGGGCCUCACCGUGCUGCGCAUCCUCUCCCAGCGCAGCAACGACGAGGUGGCCAAGGAAUUCGUGAAGCUCAAAUCUGACACCCGCUCAGCUGAAGAGGGCGGAGCCGGACCCGGGCCCGGGUCUGGGCAGGGGCCUGGGCCCUAG